CCAAGGAAGUGAAACCCUCAUAAAAUGGAAUGGAAUUCUUUCUACUCGAACGCUUGCUAUGAAUGUGGCAAUUGGGGUGAGGGGUAUCCCUUGAGCUACUGUAACAGUUGCCGAGCAGUUGGAUUUUGCGAAAAAGAUUCAAAACCUCAGAGCCCCAAGCACAAGGAUCUCUGCGAAGUGCUAACACAGUUAAGGGGUACAUCAACCUCGGUCUUCAAAAACGACGGGGAAGAGUGGAACCAAGCCUCCUGGGCACUGAUGAAAACGAGCCUCAUGCUGAUUGCACAAUUAAAACUUGGAAGAAAGUUGAAUAAACAGGAGGAAGAGGUUCUGAAAUUCCCUAAACGCUGUGUCACCUGCUUCGAAACAGAUCACAAUAAUUUAAUAGAUUGCAAGGUGUGCCCAGGCACCAGUUUCUGUCCUCGUCACGUGCAGUCGAAGGAGGAACACUCCGAGAGAUGCAGGAAGAUGACAGAGUGCGCGGCAUCUGACGUGUUCUUCUCUCCGAUGUUGAGAAGAGACAUUCCGGGCGUUCCAGAAAAUCUAAGCCCAUCAGAACUCCCCCACGAUAUGAACGAAUUCAUCAAGAUCUGUGGACCGAACUUCGUACCAUUCCCCCACAACGUCCAGACGUCCGCGAGCUCUGAGGUGUUCACAAGACCCUUGAGUCUUUUGUAUGGAAUCAAGAAAAUUAAUUACGAGAUUAAAGAUAAAUUGGUUGUUCACGUCGUGGGGGCUAGUCUAAUUGACCUGGAGGACCCCAGCACCUUCGAGAUCGCCCUUCACUUCAGGCCGAAUCUGAUGCAGAUUCUGCUUGUCUUCAUUGGCCCCGACCUCGACAGCAUUGACGUACCUUCUAUGACUCCUUAUUUAUGCAGAGAGUGUAAGAAGAGGGACGUUAAACUCGAUGUGAAAAUAAUACCUAGGUUUUACCACGAGUUCUUCGAGGGAAAGGACUUCCUGGCUCCUGAUAUCGUCAUUGGGUAUAAUAUCGGGGUGCAUGAGUGUGUGGAGUACGAUUCUAAGAGGGACACGUGGGCUCCUACAAUAAAAAUCCUCGGAGGAAUGAUGUGUCCUCUCAUUGUCACAUCUUACACUCAAGAGGAAGCCCAGAAGGACUACGAGAGGAUUUUGACGGGUUCUGGGGGCCUGGUGGGAGUGCUGAAGGAGAAAAAUCCGUUUGGAAGUCUCCGACAUUACAGGGACUUUGAGAACGAUGAGUUUUAUUAUCAAAAUCAAUUCAUUAUGGGGUUUAAAGGCGAACAGAGACCCGACGCAGGGAUGGUGGAUGGAAUGGAGGGACUGACACUGAGAGAAGAUUCUAUAGUUUGUGAUUGAAGUGCUUACCCUGGAGACGACGAGCAGAGAAACCGUUCCUGGUGUCAAUGAACAAGACUCUAGAAUCUAGGCCACCCCUUUCCUGAGAUAACUGAGCGGUUAUGCAGAGCUGGAAGCUGAAAAUCAUGGGUUUUUUUGAAUUUUUGGGUUUGGGAUUGUUUUUGUUGAAUGUAGAAUUUUUAGAGUGAUGGGGGGACGAAGUUUUUGUAAAAUAGUUGGGUAGAUUCUAGCAGUUUCGGAUACAUUUGAGGAUAAGUUUGCUGAAAAAUCGUAUUUUUUUUAACUAUGAGUAUUUUAGAUUUUUUUACGCUGCGAAGUAAGAAAAGUCGGAGGGGCCAAUCAUGUUUUAUUCAAAUUCUCCGCGUAUUUGAAAAGAAGAAUCGUUCUCAUUUCCUCUUGAAUGAUAGAUAAUUAGGAAUUGAUUCUGAAUCAUCUUAUGAAUAACGUAAUAUGCAUACCAAAUCUGUGUCUUUCCUGUUCCUGGUGCACCACAAAGCUCUGUAAUGCUUCCACAGGGAAAUCCACCAUCUAAGAGUGCAUCCAAUGCUUUACUGAAUGUUGUGACCCGUUGACAGAGUAGUUCUGCCUAAGAGUAGCAAUAAAUCAUUUGACAUAAAAA